AUGCGCACCCGGUCGCUCGAUGACCUCCCCUUCUGCCUUGGUGGACGUCAUCCUAACACCUCCGGCCCUCACCACUUUCCUGGCAACUCCUUGCCCUCGGCUUCUGUAGCCCUCACGAGUCCGCCCCACGGUACUGGCCCUGCUAUGAUCUCGAGCUCGAUCGUGCAGGCAUCGAUCGUCGCCUCAGCUGACCUCGACACUCUCCACCAGUUGGCCGUCACCCACAAGGGUUUUGCCGCCGCUGUCAGGAUCCACCUCAUCCGUAAGGUUGGCCACCUUCUCCUUCGCCCGACUGAGCGUGAGGACAUUCGCCAGGACAUCGUCGUCCUGUCAACGACCGGAUCAUAUACUCUCACCACGGCUGGAUGGUGGACCGAUCCGCACCCCGGCAAACGCUUCACGGGCAUCCGUACCGUGACACUUCCCGUGCGUCGUGCUGUGGCUGCCCUUCGCUGGGUUUGCGGCUGCCCCGAAGAGGCUGCGGAGCCUGCGGAAGUGGAGGAGGACGACAACGUCCACGAGUCGCAGCCGGUAUCAGAGGCUGGUAGCGAUACCGAUGGCGAUGAGCCCGAGGACGCUAAGAGCACUCCGAGGAGGACUCCGCGCAUCGCGCUCACCCGACAGAGGCUAAGGGCCAGUACGUUGAACCAUCUGACCCUUCCGCCCCGCUUCCCCUCGGAGGAGGAGGCUGCCGACGGAGAGGAGCCAGAUGACGUCGAGGACGAUACAGAACAAAUCGAAGUCGACCCAAGACAAGAGGUGUGGGAGUUGACCACUGCGGCGAACUACGUCUUCCCCACUGACGUCGAGUGCACGCUCGAGACGGUCGUGCUCGACUGCUUGAAGGUCGACGCCAGUGGCGGUGGCGCAACCGAAAUCGCAGGCAUCCUCCCCUCGAGCGUGAAGACUGUUAUUCUGCGCACCAGGCCGAGGCUCGAGCGCCGCGAUGAGCGUGAGGAGCUCCUCGCCGAGCUCCGCGAGGUUCCCUUCCCACUCCCUGCUUCGACCUCUUCUGCUGUCGACAUCGACAGCCGUACCACCGACGGCAAGCAGCACUGGGCCCUCGAGCACGAGAAGCACAUGGCCUUCCAUGUACCCGCCAUCGCAGGCGACUUCACCACUCUCAUCCUCAGCCUCGAGGGGAUGCACCCCGACGCCCUCCUCGACACAUCGCUCGUCACCGCCCCGCUGGAGAGGAUCGUGGUCGUGUGCGGACUCGAGGGAUGUCCUAAGGGCUUGGACCCUAGCUGGCGCUCGUUCACGGGCUGGGCGAAGCGGCCGGCGCAAAAGUGGGGCGUCUUCCAGGCCCUCAUGGAGAGGUUUGCUGGUCAGGACGUGCGUAUCGAUGUGGUGGACGCUGGGAGGGUCGAUGGCGACACGGAGGAUGAGGAGUCAAGCGCGGCGACGACACCGGAGCCUGAGCCGGACCAGUCCACGACCGCCCCCGCGGUCGGCGGCGUGCAGGAUCAACUGGAUCAACAGCACGACGCCCAAGCGCAGAACACCUCCAUCGGGACCGAAACUCCUCCCCAGAUUGGAAACGCCGACAACGCCACUCCUCCUCCUGCCCCAAUCCCCCGUCGCACCCUCAUCGGUUGUGCCUACGAGGACAUGCCCCGUCGCGAAGUAAGGGACGUCAACUACUUCAGCCUCGUCGAGGAGGACGAGGAUGACAGUCGCCACAUGAAGAUCGUUGCCGAUAUCCGCUACCUCGACUCGCGCCGAGACGUCGGGCGCGGCAAGCCCAUCUCCUCCGCUGAAUGGAAGCUGUGGACGGAGCUGUACGCCACGGACUAG